AGUGUUACACACAGCGCCGCGAUUCCCCCGCCCGCCACACGAGGGCGCUCUGGCGGCCGCUCGCCGGAGCGCUGACGUCACAUCCAGGAAGCGGCGCCGGGAGAUCGAAAGAUGGUGAUGGCGCGGACGGCGGGCUGGAUGCUGGGAGCGGCGACCGUGCUGAGCCUACACCGGUGGGCGGAGUCCUCGCUAGCGCAGGAACAGAAGCACCAGGUUACAGGAGUCUCGGCCGUGACCGCCCCCUGCUGGAAGUCUGAGGAGUACGUCAUAUCUAAAGAUUGCUACAACUGUAAUCAGUUUGAGAGUAAGACCCUCAACCAGUGCAGCGUCACAGGAUUCGUAGAGCAAGUCAGCUGCGCCACAUCAAAGAAGGCCGAGUAUAAAAGCUGCCGCUCUGCACUCAUGGAGAAGAGGUACUUCUGGGAGUUUGUGGGCAUCAUGUUGGCAGGCUCGGUGCUCCUUUCUCUGGUGGUGGUAUCACGGCAGAGGACCUUGGACCGGCGAGCCCUGGAGAAAGUGCGCAAGCAGAUCGAGUCCAUUUAAUGUGUGGUCUUCUGCGGAGGAAGGGGGUACUUGGACUGUGGAUCGGGAUCUUCUCCCCUGGAAUACACCUGGCCACCUUCUCUCCAUAGUGGUAGAGAUCUGCACCUAUUUGGCUGAUGUCUGGAACCGGGGGGUACAUGAUAUGCCCACCAUUUAUCAAUGGCUUCAGAUUGGCGGGACGUGGUAGCAGUUGGAGGUGCAGAAUGGUGGCAUCCCACCAAUCAGGCGUCACUGUUCUGUGCAGUCCCUUCCCCUUUAAUACCAGGCCUGUAUCUCGGUUCUGGCUGGUGGUGUUUGGGGGGGGGGGGGGGGUGUAAUGUUUGCAAGAUAUCGGGACUUUUGAUGUAUUUAUAAUGCUCUCUGUCUGGUAUAUUACCGGAGCUUUGUUCUCUUGUUGUUUUAUAGAAAAAUAAAGACACUAUGUGACCCUGA